AUGGUCACGGAAGGGCUCCAAACAGCAUGCAGCACCUGCUUUGAAGAGCCUGUAAAGAGCAACGGUCCCCCGCGCUCUACCCCCUCAGGCAACUUACAAGAUGCAAAAGGCCCUCGCAGCGGUUCGCUGGCCGCCUCCGAACACGGGGGAAAGUCUCGUCGCUCCGCCAUGCGCUCGCCUCCCGCCAGCUCGCCAACUUGCAGCCCGGUCCUGAAAACAUCCCCGGAGAGCCCUCGCUCAGUAUAUCAGAACCCGGGCCGCGAAUCCAACUUUAGGCGCACUUAUGACGAGACCGUGACCAAGAAGCAAGGGCCCUGCGACAACUGCGCCAUGACACUACCUCGCCGCCAAAAUUCCCCAAAAACUCCCAACGAUAACACACCAACGCUGCGAACGCGAGCACCUGCCGAGCGAGUCUAUGGUUCGCCGGCUCGCGAUGCAUCUCCCCGUUCCCAGUGCUCUAGCGAUACUGAUGGCGACCGGGAUCUGCCGCGACGCCCUCGUGCCCGUACCUCUGCGCAGCCCGGCAGCUCUCGCACCACCUCGUGCUCGAGCACCUCGACAACUUCGGACCGAGCCUCGUCUCAUGUGCACUACAUUGACUACACAUCAACCCAUGAACCCGUCCUCGGCCACUCAUUUUCCCUGAUUCGCGCAUCCUGCCUAAGGGCGCUCUCUUUUGAGACUCUUCCUCGCCCGCCCGCCACCUCGCCUAUUUCCUUACCACAGCCCAACAGCGCCCCGGCCUUUGUCACAACCCAAAGUGCGGGCUCUGCUGCCACUGGCGGGCCCAUCUUCUUUGGGGACGCUGUCGCUGGCUAUACUACUGCCUAUAUUUUUCGCAUUCCGGACCUGCAUGCUCGCGGGCACAAACGUGUCUACGCAUUCUUGGCGCUCAGCACACACAAGGAGCGACUAGCCAUGAAGACGUACACAGUCGUCUCCAACGCUUUUCGAGAUCUGGCUGGGUGGGUCCAGCAGCUGGUCGAGGCUGAAGCCGAGCGUGUCGCCGACCCCUUGACUACUGGCGGCGCCAACGGCAACCUGGGUACGGCAGAUGAGUCCCCGGCACCGCCUAACCAGUCUGCUUUCGGCUCUCCUGUGACCGUUGAUCACAGUACGAGUAGUUUUCUCAGUGGCGGCAGCGGCCUCACCCGGCGAAUGGGGGCCAGCGGUAGCGCCUCGUCGCUCAAGGCACGCGGCCUGGCCGAGCUGGCUGGCCAGCCCGACAUUUUUAUUGAGCUGCAUAAGCGUUUUGUCCAGCUCUUGUUUGAAAUUGGCGUGGCGCUCAACUCUUGA